CGCCUCCACAGCGCCCUAACCGAGCCAAGCCGAUCUUUCUUUCUCAUUCUCGCAAGCAAGCUCAAGCUGUGAACGGACUUUAGCUGAACUGAAAUGGCGAGAGAGAACGACGCCGCCGCUGACCCGCCUUCGACGCCGGACUCUCCUUCCUCGGCCGAUUUCAACACCGACCAGCUCCCCUUCACCAGCCACACCUCCGACAACAACUCCACCGACGAUGAGGCCGCCGUCGACCCGGAGAUCAUCCGCGAUGAGCCGGAGGAGGUCGACGAGGAAGAGGAAGGGGAGGACCUCUUCAACGAUAACUUCAUGGACGAUUAUCGGAGGAUGGACGAGAACGACCAGUACGAGUCGGUGGGGCUGGACGAGUCGUUUGACGACGAGCGGAACGUGGACCAGAUCAUAGCGGAUCGCAGGGCUGCUGAGGUCGAGCUUGAUGCUCGCGAGGGCCGUGCUGCUAAUCGCAAGCUCCCUCAUCUUCUUCACGACCAAGAUACAGAUGAUGACAGCUACAGGCCAUCGAAGAGGCACAGAGCAGAUUUUAGACCUCCUACUAGGCCCAGACCCAAUGACGAGACCGACAACACGCAAAGUUCACCAAGUCAGUCGCAGCGGGGAUAUUCCAGAGACGAUGUUCCCAUGACUGAUCAAACUGAAGAUGACCCUUAUGAGGAUGAAGAUGAUGAGGAAGGUGAGUUUGAGAUGUACCGUGUCCAAGGAACGUUAAGAGAAUGGGUGACCAGAGAUGAAGUUCGUCGGUUUGUUGCUAAGAAAUUCCGGGAGUUCUUACUUACGUAUGUGAAUUCCAGAAAUGAGAAUGCUGAACCUGAAUAUGUGCAGCUGAUAAAUGAGAUGGUGUCAGCCAAUAAGUGUAGCUUGGAGAUUGACUACAAGGAAUUCAUUUAUGUUCACCCCAAUAUUGCCAUUUGGUUGGCUGAUGCCCCACAACCUGUCCUCGAGGUCAUGGAAGAAGUAGCACAGAAAGUCGUCUUUGACUUGCACGAGAAGUACAAGGACAUUCACCAGAAGAUCUAUGUUCGCAUUACCAACUUACCUGUGUAUGACCAAAUACGUAAUAUAAGGCAGAUCCACUUGAAUACAAUGAUUCGCAUUGGAGGAGUUGUAACCCGGCGUUCUGGGGUCUUCCCCCAGCUACAGCAAGUGAAAUAUGACUGCAACAAGUGUGGGACAAUUCUUGGUCCUUUUUUUCAAAAUUCUUAUUCAGAAGUCAAGGUUGGCUCUUGCCCUGAAUGUCAGUCAAAGGGACCAUUCACUGUCAACAUUGAGCAGACAAUAUACAGGAACUACCAGAAACUUACACUCCAAGAGAGCCCUGGAAUAGUUCCUGCUGGUCGGCUACCAAGAUAUAAGGAAGUGAUACUACUGAAUGAUCUGAUUGAUUGUGCACGUCCUGGAGAAGAAAUUGAGGUGACAGGUAUCUAUACAAAUAAUUUUGACUUAUCUCUGAACACGAAAAAUGGAUUUCCUGUCUUUGCUACUGUGGUUGAAGCAAACUAUGUUGCGAAGAAGCAAGAUCUCUUUUCUGCUUACAAACUCACGCUGGAAGACUUGAAGGAAAUUGAAAAGUUGUCCAAAGACCCCAGGAUAGGGGAAAGGAUCAUUAAGUCCAUUGCCCCAUCAAUCUAUGGCCACGAGGACAUAAAAACAGCUAUAGCUCUUGCUAUGUUUGGAGGCCAAGAAAAGAAUGUUGAAGGGAAGCAUAGAUUGCGAGGAGAUAUAAAUGUACUUCUGCUUGGUGAUCCAGGAACAGCCAAAUCACAGUUUCUCAAGUAUGUUGAGAAGACUGGCCAUAGAGCUGUCUACACAACUGGAAAAGGAGCUUCGGCUGUUGGGCUUACAGCGGCAGUACACAAGGAUCCUGUUACAAGGGAGUGGACCCUCGAAGGGGGAGCUCUUGUCCUUGCAGACAAAGGAAUAUGCCUUAUCGAUGAAUUUGAUAAGAUGAAUGAUCAGGACAGGGUGAGCAUUCAUGAAGCGAUGGAGCAGCAGAGUAUAAGCAUUUCUAAGGCUGGAAUCGUCACUUCCCUCCAGGCCAGAUGCUCUGUAAUUGCCGCUGCAAAUCCAAUUGGUGGAAGAUAUGAUUCUUCAAAGACGUUCUCCCAAAAUGUUGAGUUGACAGAUCCCAUCGUCUCUCGCUUUGACAUUCUAUGCGUUGUUAAGGAUGUGGUUGAUCCUGUGACUGAUGAGAUGCUUGCGAGGUUCGUAGUUGACAGUCAUUUCAAGUCCCAGCCAAAAGGUGUUACCAUUGACGAUAAAUCGAUUGGUGAAUCCGAGGAAGAUGUUCAAGCCUCAUCUGCAACUGCUGAUCCUGAGAUACUUCCUCAAGAUAUGCUGAAGAAGUAUUUAACCUAUGCCAAGCUCAAUGUGUUCCCAAAGUUGCAUGACUCUGACAUGGAUAAAUUGACACAUGUUUAUGCGGAACUGAGGAGAGAAUCAUCGUAUGGACAAGGAGUGCCUAUAGCUGUGAGACACAUUGAGUCAAUGAUCCGAAUGUCUGAAGCACAUGCGAGAAUGCACCUGAGACAGCACGUAAUUCAAGAAGAUGUGGACAUGGCAAUUCGUGUACUGCUUGAUUCAUUCAUCUCAACCCAGAAAUUUGGAGUGCAGAAAGCUUUGCAGAAGAGCUUCCGAAAGUACAUGACCUUCAAGAAGGACUACAAUAAACUUCUCCUCCACCUUCUCCGUGAGCUGGUGAAGAGUGCGAUCCACUUUGAAGAAAUUGUUUCAGGAACUUCUUCAAGACUUAUGCAUGUCGAUAUUAAGGUGGAUGAACUGCGUAAUAAGGCUCAGGAAUAUGAAAUCUACGAUCUACAGCCCUUCUUUUCCAGCACCCUCUUCUCGGGAGCUGGUUUCCAUUUGGAUGUUCAGCGGGGAGUUAUCAGGCAUGAGCUUCCACGAUGACAGCAAAAAUGCUUACUCGAUCACUCAGCUUUUUCAGACACUGCAAUAUUUGAAUGUUGUGGUCGAGAAUCUUUCUUAUGGCAGGUAGUGUGAUUAGAUUGGCUAUAAGUUAUUGUUUCGUAGGAUUCUCCUGUGUGUUUUGAAUCAUAUAUGCUGAUACAGUGAGAGCAUCUGCUGAAUGUCCCGUCUAUCACAUUACUUACAGUCAUCAAAAUGUUUUCUAUCGGGUGCAAAAACUGGAAAACUGAUUGUUUAA